UCCGGGCUACUUUUUCAAUGACUAUUUCCAGUAUUCUUCCUGGAUGGCUGAGUAGAGCUGACUAAGCAGACAACCGUUGAAAAAUAUUAUUGGACUGAAAAAAAGAGGCGGCUGCUGCUUUGACGGAGAUGGGGAAUUGCUGCUCCGACGUUGCCGGCGGACAGUCGGCGGUCGGCGGCACUGCUUCAUUUCAAGCUAAUUCUUCCAACGCUCCCAACGAUGCCGUUGAUGCUUUUCUUAACUCUCGCGGCUACAAAGGACUUUACUCUCAGAUCGAGUUGUCUCUCUCUGCUACAAACUUGCGUGAUCGGGAUAUUCUAUCCAAGAGUGAUCCUAUGGCAGUUAUUUAUACCAAAAAGAAAGAUGGUUCGCUUCAAGAAUUCGGUCGUACUGAAGUUCUUUUGAACUCUUUGAGUCCCAAGUGGAUUAAAAAGUUCAAUAUUACCUACCAGUUUGAGAUAGUGCAGCAUUUAGUGUUUCAUGUGUAUGAUGUCGAUACACAGUUUCACAAUAUAGAUGUAAAGAUGCUUAGGUUGGAGGAGCAGCAGUUCCUGGGCGAGGCUAAUUGCACCUUAUCUGAGAUUAUCACAAGAUCAAACAAGUCAUUGACCUUAGACCUUGUAGAUAAACCAGGAUCUUCUGGUUCUGCUAUUCCCAAAAAGCUUGGUCAAAUCACCCUUUUUGCUGAAGAGAGUUUUGCAUCAAAGACUACAACUGAAUUGGUUCUGAGAUGUUCAGACUUGGAAUCUAAGGAUUUAUUUUCAAAAAGUGAUCCUUUCCUUAUCAUAUCAAAAGUUACAGAGAGUGGAGUAGCUGUUCCGAUCUGCAAAACUGAAGUUUUGAAAAAUGAUCAUAGUCCGAGAUGGAAGCCAGUUUUUCUAAGUAUUCAGCAAGCUGGAAGCAAGGACAGCCCAUUGAUUAUAGAGUGCUUCAACUUCAAUGGUAACGGGAAACAUGAUUUACUGGGUAAAGUUCAGAAAUCUUUAGCAGAAUUGGAGAAUUUGCAUUCUGCCGGGACAGGAUCAAAUUUGUUCAUGCCUGCUGCAUUCGGCCAAAGUCAUCCCAACAAGGUCCUAAAGAGCCAACUGUUUGUUGACAAGUUUUCUGAGAAAAUCCAGCAUACAUUCCUUGAUUACUUAGCUGGUGGUUAUGAACUGAACUUCAUGGUUGCGAUUGAUUUCACUGCUUCAAAUGGAAAUCCUCGCCUGCCUGAUUCUCUGCAUUAUAUUGACCCUUCUGGACGGCCAAAUGCGUACCAGAAAGCAAUCUUAGAGGUAGGAGAAGUAUUGCAAUUCUAUGAUUCAGACAAGCGCUUUCCUGCUUGGGGUUUUGGAGCCCGACCAAUUGAUGGCCCAGUCUCUCAUUGCUUUAACUUAAAUGGAAGCAGUAACUAUUGUGAGGUUGAAGGAAUUCAAGGAAUUCUGGCGGCAUACAUAAGUGCCCUUUAUAAUGUUUCGCUUGCUGGACCAACUUUAUUUGGACCAGUCAUUACCGCUGCUGCACAUAUUGCUAGCCAAGCCGUGACAAGCGAUCGAAGGAAGUACUUUGUUUUGUUAAUUAUCACGGAUGGAGUAAUUACAGAUCUCCAAGAAACUAUAGAUGCUUUUGUUAAGGCAUCAGAUCUACCUUUAUCCGUCCUUAUUGUUGGGGUUGGAGGAGCAGACUUUAAGGAAAUGGAGAUUUUGGAUGCAGAUAAGGAAAGACUUGAAAGUUCAACAGGCCGAGUUGCAUCGCGAGAUAUUGUUCAGUUUGUUCCAUUUCGUGAUGUACAGAGUGGAGAGAUGUCUGUUGUUCAAUCACUUUUAGCAGAAUUACCUUCCCAAUUUUUGACGUACGUGAGAUCUAGAAAUUUAUACCCCAUUAGCUGAAUAUACCAACAAUUGUACAUACAAAUGGAUUCUCUUCAAUUACCGUGUCAAUUAAAUUUUCCUUUUUGAACCCUAGUUUCAUCUUCCAAUGCAAAUGUGCUUUUGUA